CUCGUAUUACUAUCGAAUUCACCAUGUCUGCUGGAGGCGCCGCAAACGGAGUUAUCUUCCUACGUCCCCAGGAGGGCAAGAAGGACGAGCUUGAGCAAUUCCUCAUUAAAAACCUCAAAGACAUCCGGGAGAAUGUUGCAGGGGUUCUCAUUGCAUUCUAUUUCUGGUCGGACGAGAAGCAAGAGUUUGUCGUUGUGGAAAGUUUCAAAUCCACCCAAGCCAUGUUCGAAUACGGCAACAGCCAGUACCACGAGGGAAUGGUGGCUAAGGUUAUUGAAUUGGGGGUGACUCCGUUCCAGGCAUUUACGGAUCAGAGUAAUUCUCAGGAGCUUAAGGACUUCCGGACUACGGGCCAAGCUACUCAUUUUGAUGUCUGAGCUUAACUGCAGCGAUGUAUUACUCCACAUUAGCAAGAUGAACCUAGAUUUACCAUAAUUUGAUAUGAAACAAUGGAUCUUUGAU